AUGGCUUCCAGCAUCACCCUCUAUACUGCUCACCACUGCCCGUUUGCUCACCGCGCUCAGAUUGCGCUUCGCGAACUUGGACUGGAAUUUGAAACAAGACUCGUCGAUAUUACUGUCCCGCGCACACCGGAAUACCUUGCCAUCAACCCCAAUGGCAUGGUCCCCACCCUCGCUUACGAUGGCAGCGUGCUAACUGAGUCUGGUCUCAUCUCUCAAUUCCUCGCAGACUCCUACCCCAGUCACCUCCUCAAAGCUAGUGUUGACCCGGACGGCGCCCUACAACGAUUCAGAAUCGGGCUUUUCGUGGAAACGUACUUUGGCAAGACUCACAAGUUUUUUGACUCUACUGUCUUCGGCAAUGGCGCCGACGCGAAGACAGCCACAGCGAGCAAGUAUAUCGACGCUAUUGUUAGCCAUGUUGAGCCCCUACUCGCAGACGCGGCACCGUUCUUUGGAGGCUCCAAUCGCCCAACCCUAGCGGAGGUGAUGACUGGUCCCUUCCUCCUUCGUAUUAUGGCAUUGCCCAAGUAUGAUCGAUUGGUACCGAGCUUUGUUCCGAAGGCUCUCGAGGACAAAGCACCGAACUUCUGGAGGUGGGCUCAAGCUGUCACAGCUGAGAAAUCCGUGACUGCGGUGUGGGAUGAGGAGUUAGUUGUCAGGCGCACGCUUGAGAGGAUUGAUACUAUGAGAAAUGGAACGUAG